ACGAAGGCUUUCUGGCAGUUGGAAAACAGAUGCCUCGUGCAUGUUCCCAGGAGUUACUGUUUAAAGGGCCUGGGGAUCAUUGGGGGCCCGUCUCAGGGUGGUGGAGAGGAGUCUGUGACUGAUUAUUCACAGCUUCCGUCUCCCCCCAUUGGCUCUGGAGAGCCUAUGCUGAGCUGGGGCUCAGUGACAGGAGGAGGCUCCAUGUCAAUAAAAAGAGGGGAUCGAAAGAGUAGGGCUGUAAUUCCAAAGGGGAACAAGCAGAGCUUGGCCAUCCUCGGUGCCGUCAGGGGGCUACAAAGCCAAAAGCUACAGCUGCUAAAAGGGAGCAGUUUCCUCCCCCACCCUCCCUUGACUGAUGACCAGAUUAUCCUGAAGCUGAGGAAAGGAGAUGAACAGAAUCUGCUGAGACUCCCAACUUUCCAAGAGCCUGCAGCUCCCAGAAUCAACUUUCCACCCAAACUCUGCCUGGGGUGGGGAGCUCUCCAGGGACUGGGAGGAACACACAGGAAGUGCCCACUGUGCAGAAUGGAGUGGCAGGUUCUGGUGUUGGCUCUUUGCAUGGGUUUGGCUCAUUUGGCCUCUGCAGACUGUGCAGCCCAGUGCUCCAUGUGUGCCGUGCAGACCCAGGAUCUGGAGAAACCCAUCAGUCCCCUGAUCUGUUCGCUGGAGUGUCAGGGCUCCUUGCUGUCCCGCGCAGAGUGGGAGAGGUGCCAGACCGCUCUGGCUCUCCUCGCCUCACUGAUGGCGGCGGUGGAGGGCCAGGGCCUGUCCCCUCUGGAGGCUGAGGCGAAGGCAGAGCCAGAGGGGAGCCCCAUCCCCGGCGAGUUCCCCAGCAACCUGGUCAAACGCUAUGGCGGCUUCAUGAAGAAACUGGACAAGAACAAGAUUUUCUCCCUCUUUCGUGAGAAUGCCCACAGCAAAGGCAGCAUGACUAAGAAGUAUGGUGGCUUCUUCCGCAAGCCAGGGGAGAGGGCGGCCUCUGAGGUGGCGGAGGACUACCCAGAGCUGGAGGCCAGGGAGACAGGCGACCACAGCGAAGAGCCUGAGGAAGGAGACCUAAAAGACGAGAUGAAGCGCUACGGGGGCUUCCUCCGCAAGUACCCCAAGAGGAGCUCAGCGCUGGCCCCCGACGGGGAGGGGCAGGAGCUGGAGGACCUGCACAAGCGCUAUGGGGGCUUCCUGCGCAGGAUCCGCCCCAAGCUCAAAUGGGACAAUCAGAAGCGCUACGGGGGCUUCCUGCGGCACCAGUUCAAGGUGACAACGCGGUCGGACAAGGACCCCAACGCGUACUCGGGGGAGGUCUUGGACCUAUAGAACCCCCCCUACAGCCGGAAUACUUCCAGUAUGGACUGCAUCACUCCUCCCGACCCACAUCGCCCUCCCAUGCUCAGCCAAGCAUCCCAGGCAUCACACACACAUCCGGCCUGUGAGCGGAGACCCAGACGCACCGCUCUGCUGCUGCUUCCCUGAAGAACCAGAUGUUUCGAGCCAGGAAGGGAUUGUAACCUGCAAAAUUCCUCCUCAGUUUCUGUCUCUGUCAGCUCUGGGACUUGCACCUGCUGUUGUUUCCAGUACCGAACCGAUCAGCCCAGCUAUGGGUUUAGUUCAGCUGUAUCGAAAGCAGAUUACUUUAAUUAAGUCUCAGACGACUGACUAUUGAUCCUCCCUGUGAUCCUUAGCGAUGAGCCCAACUCACCCUCCAGUCAGAAUACCCCAAAUGCUGGGGAAGUUCAGCUCUGGAUCCAAACUUGGUGGCUGGCCCCUUUGGUCCAUCACGGACCAACCCAAAGCUCCAGGUCCAAAGGCCUCCCAGCUUUGGGGGAGUUUGGCUCUAGCGCCAAAUCAGAACCAUACCGCUGUAGUUCUUUGCAGUGGAACCCCAUUUUCAAAAGUCCCCAGUGCUGGCACCAGGUGCUGCCAGGCAUUUCCAAUUUAAAAAUUCUAAUGGAAACAGAGGCAUCUGCUACUUGCCUUUUAGUCUAUCCAUUCAGAUGCCUCUGCUGAGAACAUCCAGUGUCUCCCAGAGGGACCUGUAUUUGUAUGGGAAGGCAUCUUGCCUGGAGAGCAAGGUGGGCUUGCCCUAUAGACUUCAUUAUAUUCCAGCUAAAUCACAGCUGUGAUCCUUUCUAAUACACACAAGAGAAGCAGGAUCCUAAUGAAGCGAUGAAAUCACAACAGCGUCGCACUUCUGAAGGCACCCGAGUCAGCCUCUCGUUUGUCGCCUGGGGUUUUAUGUGCACAGUCAUUAAGGGAGCAGAGUGAAUGGAGGUAUUGUGCUGCCAGAUUUGCUGGCACAGUCCGGUUCUUUAUGCCUUGGAGUGAUUGUGCGCACAGAAUUGCAGGUGCAAAUAAUUAGGAGCGCAGACUGACGCUAGCUGUCCCCAUUCUCUCUCUCUGCUCACAGGGGAUCGCUCCCACACCCAAUGACAGAAAUCAAUGAGGAGCCAUGUCUGAGAGUUUGGCUCAUCAUGGAGUUCUCGUUGCAACCAUCAGUGUUGUUCUCCAUCCUCCAGCUAGUGCUGAAUUGCAACAGGCCAACAAAAAUACUCUGAGACAGAGGCAGGAAAGGGCGGGGCUUGGCCCAUUGUUUCCUUUUCCAACCAUGGGCAAAAUUGGGAAAUUAAACUAGAUGAAAGCUAUGAAAGGGAAUGUAGACAAGGUCUGGACUCUGCCUGAGAUGCACUGUUUGGCUCAGCACAGGCCUCCAUCAGCCCUCACCUGCUCCCUUGUGCUGUUCUGAAAUGUACAGAUUGUUUCGGAGUCUGGUUACUUUUCGUUAUUACGUUUACAAGAAGAAAUAAAGUUUGGUCUGUCUUGAGAUGGGUCACGGUCACCCCCUUCCUUUUCUGUACGGUAAAUAAAAAGAUGUUCAUGAG